CGCCGUGCGGGGUCACUCUUGCCUCACAAGCCCCGAUAUUGGGAGGGGUUGAUUGGAAGACUCGCUGGUGUUGGAGGGGAUAGAGCGCCGCCGUACGAUAGGAGACGUUCGUGUAGGCGAGUCGGCGGUGCUGGGAGGACUGACGUGACGCGGUUCCCAGCAGCAGCAGCCGGAGCUGGGGGAGAGCGGGUAGGGAUCAUGGCGGAGGCGGCAGCGGUGUCUCAGCAUCGGUUCUUCUGCCAUCACUGUAAGGGGGAGGUCAACCCCAAGCUGCCGGAGUAUAUCUGCCCCAGAUGUGACUCUGGAUUCAUCGAGGAGGUGACGGAGGAAUCCAGUUUCCUAGACUCCAGUGGAAGCGCCCUCGAUGACAGUUCCCCCGCACAGUUCACAGAGCUCUGGGACCAUUUAGACCAAGCGAUGUUCAUCCCCGACUUCCGACAUUUCCUGAGCAGCAGCAGCUCUUUAGAUCAAGAUGGCCGAGACCACGAGCGGGGCCACCCGGCCCAUACGGAGCUGAGGCUGACCCGCCGGCCCCCCAGGCAGCCAAUGACGCGGUAUAGAUCCCGGGUCAGCUCGCGCCCCGACCGCUCUCCGGCCAUUGAAGGCAUCAUCCAACAGAUCUUUGCCGGAGUAUUCGCAAACCCGCCCUUUCCGGGGUCACCACAUCCCCUCUCUUGGAGUGGGAUGCUGCAUUCGAAUCCGGGGGACUACGCGUGGGGCCAGAGCGGGUUGGACUCCAUCGUCACACAGCUACUGGGGCAGCUGGAAAACACCGGUCCUCCCCCGGCCGACAAAGACAAGAUUGUGUCCCUCCCGACUGUCACUGUAACCCGGGAGCAAGUGGCAAUGGGCCUGGAGUGCCCAGUGUGCAAAGAGGAUUACGCCAUAGAAGAACAAGUAAGGCAGUUACCCUGCAACCAUUUCUUCCACGGAGACUGCAUCGUGCCUUGGCUUGAACUGCACGACACGUGCCCCGUUUGCCGAAAGAGCCUGAACGGCGAGGACUCGACGAGACAAGCCCCCAGUUCCGAGGCGUCCGGUAGCAACAACUUCAGCAGCGACAGCCCCGACCGAUGGACCUUCUGAACCCCGCGCCGUCAGCCCUCACUCUAAGGCAUGUAUAUUAUAUAAGAAGAGGGGGGGGAAGCCUGUUGGGGGGUUCAUUUUGGGGGAGGAAACAGCCACCAGUACUACAGAACCCCCCCCCCCCCCCAUCACUUCCUAAAUGAAACUCCCUUCUGCGGAAUGACUGGGUCCAGCUGCUUCGCUCCAAUGUCUCGCCCUCUACCCACCCCAUAUCUUCCCCCCCGAUCAUCGAUCAGCUGCUGCUUUUAUCUGCUCGGAAAGUGCCAUUGAGCAUUUAUACAGUAUCCUUCCGCCAAUCGGCGACCCCCCCAAGGCAGGAUUUGGAAGCAGUUCUGAUGUUGCCUGCGGCGCCACAGACUCUGCGUCUCCUCCGAGACCAAAAUAAAGGAACGGGGCGGGGAAAUCAUUUCAGCCAACCACAGUGAUUCCUCAGCGCCGCUCGCCGCCUCAUUAUCUCGUGGUGUAUCUGUAGAGCCAUUCGAUUCAAGGUGUCUGUCCGUAUCCAUUGGCCCCUCCCAUCCGCAAAGCCACUGAUGGGGGGCGGGGAGUUGUUGGGUUCUAGACUUUUACACCCCUUGCACUUAACUCUGCACCCCCCCAUUGGAAAUCCGGAACUGUAAAGACCCCCCCCCCCGGAACAUUGCCGGCAAACUCUUAAUGACCAUGACAUUUGUACAUGUGGGUGGGGCCUCGGCCGUCCCAAUAAACAACUGGAUUGGCGGUUGGGUGGUCUGUGUAUGGGACCAAAGCCCCCCCCCCCAGGCUUAUGUGUUGAGGCAUCAGCGGAAACUCCCAUCGACCAACUGUUAAGGGCCGUGGGCAGUCGUUGCCCCCCCCAAGCUGGAUCGGCCCAGUUUGGUUACCCGUGUCGCUGGGCGAGUCCACCUGUUUGACAAACUGUUGUGUUGCUCUUUCCUGGAGUUUGGUCUGUAACAUAUAAAUGGGUGGUGAUGGAUGUUUCUCUUGGACUACAACUCCCAGCGGUCCUGUUGGGGGAUGCUGGGAGUGGGUGGUCCAGAAACAGCCGGAGUGCCACAGAUUGCUGUCAUGGCUGUGUGCUGGGUGGUAGUAGUAAUAAAGAAACAAAGGUUUAUCCAGCA